AUGGGCGGGGCGGUGGGCGGAGCGGCGGGAGGGGCGACGCCGAGGAUGUGCAGCUGCGACUUCCACACGUCAAAGAGCAGCAGCCGACCGUCGGCGGCGACGCAGAGGACGAGGUCCAGCCCCGUUACGCGCACCGCGUACUCCGGCACGAACGGCAGCUCGCGACGCGCCACCACCGCCCCGCCAUUGAGCAGAAGGUCGACCACAAGCAACACCCCGACGGCGCGGCGGGCGCGGUCGCCGGUGCGUCGCUUGUGCGGGUUUCCGCCGUCCCCGCCGCGCCGUGCCUUAGGCGCCUUCCCUGCCGGCCUCUCCUGCUCCUCCUCCGCGGCGUAG